UCUUCAAGAGCAUGGGAGGAACGACAUCUCUAUCUUCAUUAAGAAGUCCAAACUAAACUUCAGUUUCCUCCUUUCCAAGGGCUUGAGCCUCUGAGUUCAGAGACUACGUGUUAUCAUCUUCUGUGGCCUCUAGCAAUCACAGUACAUAGUCCACAGUUUGAGUCAUUCCACAGUGUGUAUAAUAUAUAAAAAGGUGGUAGCACCAUGGCCAAGAAGCGGAUAGCUGUGAUCGGAGCUGGGAUCAGUGGCCUGGGAGCCAUCAAGUGUUGCUUGGAUGAAGACCUGGAGCCCACCUGCUUUGAGAGAAGUGAUGACAUCGGAGGCCUGUGGAAAUUUCAAAAAAACCCUUCAGAGAAAAUGCCUAGUAUCUACAGAUCUGUGUCCAUCAACACUUCAAAGGAGAUGAUGUGUUUCAGUGAUUUUCCCGUCCCUGAUCACUUUCCCAACUACAUGCACAACUGCAAACUCAUGGACUACUUCAGGAUGUAUGCCGAGCGCUUCAGCCUUCUGGAUUACAUUCGAUUUAAGACCACAGUGAGGAGUGUGAGAAAGCGUCCAGACUUCAGUGUCCAUGGACAAUGGGAUGUUGUUGUGGAGGCAGAUGGGAAACGGGAGAGCCUGGUCUUUGAUGGGAUUCUGGUCUGCAGUGGCCAUCACACAGACCCCCACCUGCCACUCAAGUCCUUCCCAGGCAUUGAGAAGUUUGAAGGCAGUUAUUUCCACAGCCGGGAGUACAAAAGUCCGGAGGAUUACGUAGGAAAGAGAAUCAUAGUGGUUGGCAUUGGGAAUUCCGGUGUAGAUAUUGCCGUGGAGCUCAGUUGUGUCGCAAAACAGGUAUUCCUCAGCACCAGACGGGGAUCGUGGAUUUUACACCGUGUUUGGAAUAAUGGCUAUCCUAUGGAUAGUUCACUUUUCACUCGGUUCCAUAGCUUCCUCCAGAAGACACUAACCACAGAAGCAGUGAAUAAGUACCUGGAGAAGCUACUGAACUCAAGAUUCAACCACGCACAUUAUGGCCUGCAGCCACAGCACAGACCGCUGAGUCAGCAUCCCACCGUCAGUGAUGACCUUCCAAAUCGCAUCAUUUCUGGAAAAGUCCAAGUGAAGCCUAACGUGAAGGAGUUCACGGGAACACAUGUUGUUUUUGAUGAUGGCACAAUGGAGGAAAAUAUUGAUGUUGUCAUCUUUGCCACGGGAUACAGCUUUUCUUUUCCAUUCCUUGACGGUCUGAUUGCAGUUACUGACAAUGAAGUGUCCCUGUAUAAGCUGAUGUUCCCUCCAGACCUGGAGAAGCCAACACUGGCUGUCAUUGGACUCAUCCAGCCCGUGGGCAUCAUCCUACCAAUUGCAGAACUUCAGUCUCGCUGGGCUGUGCGGGUGUUCAAAGGGCUGAGCAAAUUACCCUCAGUGAAGGCCAUGAAGGCAGACAUCGACCAAAGGAAAAAGGCUAUGGAGAAACGGUAUGUGAAGACAGCCAGGCACACAAUCCAAGUGGACCACAUUGAGUACAUGGAUGAGAUUGCCUCUCUGGCAGGGGUGAAGCCCAACCUCCUGUUCCUGUUUCUCUCGGAUCCAGUUCUGGCCACGGAAGUCUUCUUUGGGCCCUGUACCCCUUACCAAUACCGUUUGCAAGGUCCAGGGAAAUGGGACGGGGCCCGGAGAGCCAUCCUGACUCAGAGAGAGCGGAUCAUCAAGCCCUUGAAGACUCGAAUUACUAGUGAGAAGAGUGACUCUGCCUCCGGUCUCUUUUGGAUAAAGAUGGCACUAUUCGGCCUGGCAUUUUUGGUUACAUAUUUUAGUUAUAUUUGUCAUGAUAAACACAAAUGAAUGAAUCGUUUAGUAGGAAAAACAUGUACCUCUAUUCAUUGUAGGUUGUUGCAAAGCCUUUAGUCAGCAGCAUACAGCAAUCUCAUGUAACACUGCUAUAGCUACAGAAAUGUUUAGAUGGUCUUUAUAAGUAGUAGAGUCCUUUAAGAUGCGUAUUCACUAACAUUUAUAAAACAUUUUGAAUGCACGAUAAGAGCUUAUGUUUAAACAGUCUUGAGACCUUAUUUAAAGCUGGAGAGACUUUUGCCUCCAAAUGGACCAUAGCUGGUUCCACCAAGGUUGGUUAUAUUUGUGGGAAUUUAUAAACAUUCACUUUGCAC